GUCCAAGGGGUAACUGGUCGAAAACUCGUUGCCUUUUUGACCACUUGACGCGGCCAGAAAGAUGAGAAUAUUUUAUUUCGUUCCAGCAUAGGAUUGCCAGUGUGCUUUGUGGUUUAUGAUACGCGUUUAACAAUAUAUGUUUAAAGCUGGUGUUAUGAUCAUAUUUACAUCUCGAAUGAAACACAAAAGUUAUGUGACAGAAUGCGGGAUAAAUCGAAACCGAAAACCUACGUAAGAAAGAAUGAAUAGAGUGUCUCAGCUUAUUACCGAGCACCGAAGCUGCUGUGUGACUGCCUGAACAAAUGUGUGAGACUUUCUUGAUGCGCAAGCAGUACUUUUAUCGUAGAUGUGCCGAAUUAUAAGCCUACGUUAAUGGAAAUGUGUGGCUUUCAUUAACUGAAUGAUCAAAACAGAAAAGGAACAUGAUGGAAAAACACGAGACAGGUGGACCAGACAUGAAGAUGUCGUCUCGUACGAUGUUUAUCAGCCAGGAGGCACCUGCAAAUGCCCUUGCGCUCAAUAAAGACAAUACUCAAGUUGUAAUUGCUGGAAGAAAUGUUUUCAAGAUAUUCACCAUAAAGGAAGAAGAAUUUGAAGAGACAUGCAAUUUACGAGUUGGCAAGAAUCUUAACCUAAAUUUCUCGUGUAAUGAUGUUGCAUGGAAUGCAGCUGAAGACCACAUUUUAGCAACUGCUGCAACAAAUGGGGCAGUAGUUGUAUGGAAUUUGAACCGUCCUUCAAGAUCAAAACAAGACCAUGUGUUUAUUGACCACAAACGUACAGUAAACAAAGUUAGUUUCCAUCCGGCUGAGUCAACCUGGCUUAUAUCUGGGUCACAAGAUGGAACAAUGAAGUGUUUUGAUCUGAGAACACGAGAAACUGCAAGAACAUACCACAGCAAUACUGAAAGUGUAAGAGAUGUACAAUUCAGCCCACACAUUCACCACAUGUUUGCUGCUGUGUCUGAGAAUGGCAAUGUGCAGCUCUGGGAUAUCAGACGUCCUGACCGUUGCUGCCAUCAGUUUACAGCACAUAGUGGUCCUGUCUUUGCCUGUGAUUGGCAUCCAGAAGUGACAUGGCUAGCUACUGCCAGCAGAGACAAAACUAUAAAGGUCUGGAAUCUGAAUGCCAAACCAACACUUGAGUACACAGUUCCUACAAUAGCGUCUGUGGGUCAUAUAAAGUGGCGUCCACAGCGAAAAUUUCACAUUGCCAGCUGUGCACUUGUUGUUGAUUGUAGCAUAAAUGUUUGGGAUGUUCGUAGGCCUUACAUACCUUAUGCUGCAUUCAAUGAACAUAAAGAUGUUGCAACAGAUGUCGCAUGGUGUGGUAAUCCACACACAUUUGUCUCCACAAGCAGGGAUUGCACAUUGUACCACCAUAUAUUUCAAGAUGCUACACGACCUGCAAAUAGAGCUAAUCCUCAGUGUAUAGCUUUCAACAAAUGCGGAGAUGUUUCAUAUGCUUGCAAAGUGAAUGUUAACCAAAACUAUGGUGGGAAGCAAGGAGGUGUAAGGAAAGUUGUGCCACAUAGUGAGCAAUUUUACCAAGCUUCGAGCAAUAUGUUCAUGUUUAAUAACAGCUCCAUCCGUGAAACACACUGGUUUUGUGAGUCAGCUCGUCGAUACAUUCUUACAGGACGUACCCUAGUGGAAAUGUGUGAACAUAAUGCUGCUGUAGCAAAAAGCCUAGGUAGAACUAAUGUCAGUGUUGUGUGGAAUCUGGUAAAAACUCUAUAUGCAAGUUCCGAUCAACUGCAGGCACCAUUACCAGUUGGGUGUAAUGUUUCACGUGAUGAGUCAGUCUUGAGUGUCGACAUGGUAGAUGGAGAUCAGCGUACUGAAACACCAACAGUUGUAACAGUGCCACAAGCCAGUGGUGAUGAUGAAACUGAGACUGAUGAAACUCCUGACCUGCCAAGGAGGGCUGCUUUCUCGGCUCUCACACCAUCUCAAGGAGACUUUUUCUUUGGUGAGGGUGAGCUGGCAUUAUUAGAUUUUGAACAGUUGACUAGCAACACCAUGGUUGGGCAGCAAGAUUGGACACUACCAAAUGAAGCAUUCCAGGUCCGGCAUGAAAUUCAAGAUCGCUCACCUCCACCAGAACAAUUUCCUAAUCACUCUCCAACAGAAAAUUUAGAUGGUGUCCUUGGACCGCUGCUGCCAGAAGAAUCAUCUGGACACCCUGUUCUGAGUGUCCCCAAUGUGCCUCGGCCACAGCCAUUGGAUCCAUCAGCCAUUGUUGUGGAUGCACUUCGACAUCAUGCUGAGCUUGGUGAUGUCCAGACAGCAGUCUGCGUCCUAGCUGUCUUAGGUGACAGAAUUCGUCGUCAGUUGUCCAGCAUGUUGACAACAGUUGAGCAAGAAACUUGGCUCCUAGGUUACCUGGACUCUUUAUCACGGAGGCGACAGUGGAUAGCAUCAGCACAUUUGACUCAACUGUCUUGGAUCUCAGCAGUUUCACGUGCAAGUCAGCGUUCAACAACUGUGUAUUCUAGUUGCUCGACUUGUCGUAAACCUCUACAACGCGCGGGCUGGCUUUGUGACCGUUGUGGACGACGACCUGCAGCAUGUGCAGUCUGCCAUAGAACAGUCCGUGGAUUGUAUGCAUGGUGCCAAGGCUGUGCACACGGUGGUCACAUCAUGCCUUGCUUGCAACAGUGGUGGGAAAAUGAUGAUCGCCGUGAAUGCCCUGCUGGUUGUGGGCAUAUUUGUCAGUAUAACUGAAUAUUAAAUAUUGUAAGUAAAUUAAGCACUAAAGAGUUUUUUUGUUAAUUUUUUUGUAUAGUGGUAAGCAACAAAUGAACUUGUUGACAAGUCCGCAGCACAUUAAUAUUACUAUUAAAUUUAACUUGAAUUACUGCAUCCAACAAGCUCUUUUACUAUUCAUGCUGUGUGUGCAUAGUGCCUCAGCCCCCUUUCCAAGAACACACACACACACACACACACACACACACACACACACACACACGCACAGAGAGAGAGAGAGAGAGAGAGAGAG